AUGAAGGUGUUGAAUCUAAUAAGGGAAUUCGAAUUGCAAAAGAUGAAGGAAUCUGAGACUGUCAAAGAGUACUCAGACCGACUUCUUAGCAUUGUUAACAAGAUAAGAUUGUUUGACACAAAAUUUAAAGAUUCAAGAAUUGUUGAAAAAACUCUUGCUAUUGUGCCUGAAAGAUACGAAGUGCAAGAGCAAAGGAGACUUAUGAGACAAGAUGGUAUGGUUGAAGGAGCUUCGGCGGCCAACCACAAGACUCAAAGCAAGGCUGUUAUUUGCAAAAACAAAUAUCAAGAAGAUGAAGCAGAUGCCCAAGUCACCAAAGAAGAAGAAGAAGAUCACUAA